UUUGCGUACAAAAAUAGCAAGACUACACGUAUUGUGCAUCGCGCAUGAAAACAAAUUUAUUCACUGUCAGAGGCUGGUGAACGAAGCAGAAGGCAUUGUGGACAUUGCACUUUAGAUUAGAAUCUGAUGCCAUUAUUCCAAUUGUACAUUUAACGCCAUCUCUUUUGAAUCGCAUAAACUAUUUAGUAGAAAAUGUGACAUUUUAUACUUGGCAUACGAACCUUGGUAUAAACACAGAUAAAUAAACUUCACGACAGUGGCAAAAGGGAAAAUUGUUUGAUUUCAACAAUUGUCGGCAUUUUUAGUUGAAGAAAUUUAAAAAUCGCAUUUAAAAAAGAUGUCAUCACCAGCAUUAUCACCAGAAUUAUCUGAGAAAAAUAAAAAAUACGAUCGUCAAUUGCGAUUAUGGGGUGAACAUGGACAAUCACUUUUGGAAGCAGCACAAUUGUGUUUAGUUAAUGUAUCGGCACUUGGUACGGAAAUUCUGAAGAAUAUCGUGCUACCUGGCAUCGGCGGCUUUACGAUCGUUGACAGCGGCCUCGUCACCGAAGAAGACAUUGGUUGCAAUUUCUUUUUCGAUACAAAUUCGGUUGGACAGUCACGAGCAAAAUGUAGUAAGCAAUUAUUGCAAGAAAUGAACCCAGAUGUGAGCAGUGAUUAUCUGGAUGAAAGUGUCGAAACAAUUUUGAGCAAUAAUCCGGAAUUUUUCAAUUCAUUCAAAGUUGUCAUUGCGUCGUCGCUGAAAGAAAAGACAUUGCUCACAUUGUCACGCAUGUUAUGGGCACAAAAUAUACCAUUUGUUUAUUGCCGAUCAAUUGGUUUCAUUGCAUCAGCUCGUCUUCAAUACAAAGAACACUUUGUCAUUGAAACGCAUCCGGACAAUAAACAAAAUGAUUUACGGCUAGAACAACCGUUUGAUUCAUUGAAAAAAUAUCUAGACAACAUUGAACUUACGCACAAGGUGCCGUGGAUUGUGGUUGUAUAUAAAUUCUUAAAAGAAUGGCAAACGACUUCUGGCAAAAUGGCGCCGAGUAAUUACAAAGAAAAAUGUGAAUUAAAAAAGCUCAUUCAAAAUGCGAUCACAAAGGAAGAAGAAAAUUACGAAGAAGCUGUAAAAGCGAUUAAUUCGUGUUUUGGUGGCGGCAGACCAAGUGCCAAAUUACUGGAAAUUCUGAAUAGUCCAGCAAGCAAUCAAUUGAGCAAAGAGACGAAUGUGUUUUGGAUUUUGGUGCGUUCGGUGAAGGAUUUUAUGGAAGAAGAUAACAAUGGCUGGCUACCAUUGCCAGGAACAAUACCUGAUAUGACGGCCGACACAGAAAAUUACAUUAAUUUGCAAAAUGUUUAUCGGCAAAAAGCAUUGAACGAUGCCGAUUUGGUGUACAAACGUGCCCAACAAUAUUUGCGUGAAUUGAAUUUGCCCAGCGAUUUGAUCACUGACAAAGAUGUAAAAGUUUUUUGCCGUGAAUUUAGCACGAUAAGUGCAUUGAAAGGAACAUGCAUUGCUGAUGAAUAUGAAAAACCAUCGGCUAAUGUGAUUGCUGGCGAAAUUGAAGCGGCACCAAAUUCAUUGAUGAUGAUUUAUAUUGCGCUUCGAGCAUUAGACAAAUUCGAAUCGGAACAUGGCACAUCGCCGGGUGAUAUUUAUGUUGAAUCGGAUACAGCUCGCAUCAAAUCGAUUGCGCACAAAUUCCUUAACGAAUGGGGAAUCACAGCAUCCUUCAACGAUGAAUGGGCACACGAACUUUGCCGAUAUGGCGGAGCUGAAAUCCAUACCGUAUCAGCAUUUAUGGGUGGUUGCGUGGCUCAAGAAAUCAUCAAAUUGAUUACCAAACAGUAUAUACCAAUCAAUAAUACUUUCAUCUACAAUGCAAUUACCUCCGAAUCUGCUGUUUUUAAACUAUAAUACAUGCAAUUCCAGCAAUUUUCCGUUUUCAAGUAUGAACAUAAAAAAACUCCAUACAAAAUCCAAAUAAAAAUCCUUGUUAUUUAAACAAAAUUAUUUUGCUUC